ACUAAAUGACGUAUGGUUAUGGGUAGAGAACACUUAUAAAAGCACAAACAGUCAUAGCUGAUCAAUCAGUUUCGGAUAAGUCUGACAGGGAUCAAUGAUGUUAAAGUGGUUGCUUGUUUGUUUUGUUGCUAUUGCGGUAGCAAAAUGGAGUCUGAACGUGCAAGCAGACGAGCAAGCAGAUGAGCUUGAUGAAGAAGAGAAGCGGCUGCUUCAAGGACUUGAAGAUGCCAUAAACCAGAACAAAAGACAAACUGGCGACGACUGUGACUCAAUGGAAUGUUUUCUCGAUGAUGAAUGUGCUACACAGUGUUGUGAAGAAUAUUGUGAUGGAGAAACUGACAUGACCAGUUGUAUGGAAGGCUGCAUGGAUGGUGGACCACUUUCCAAGAGGAUGGCGUUGGCUGCUCGAAACCAGGAGAGCAAAAAUGAAGAAGUUAACAACAACAACAAGCAUGACAAGAAAAUAUUUGGAAUAAGGAUCCCACCUGUUCCACCAGUGAGACGCUGGGUCCCACCCGUGAGAGUCCCACCCGUAAGACGUUGGGUCCCACCCGUGAGAGUCCCACCUGUGAGAGUCCCGCCCGUGAGACGUUGGGUCCCACCAACGAGAAGAUGGUUUAAGAAAUAAACAAAAUGAUACACAAAUGUUGACAGAAUAUGCCGAUGUAUGAAAAGACCUCUUUUAAAAUUUUGCCGAAUUGCUUCCAUUUGACAUUGUGUUUAACAUUUUAUUUCAACGUUUCUGUGCUGUAUACUGUACAAUUUAAUCAUACCAAAUGUAUACAAUAGUAAUGAAUAAGUGGCUAAAAUCUAAUAAAUGAUUACUUUCUACAUUUUAGUGCGCCGCAUACAUGUAAAUUUUCGAAUGUAUUAUUUUUUUUUUGAAUAGGAAUACGCUCGUCUUCAUCAAAAGUGGAAAGAUGAGGGAGAGAUAUCAGCACAUUCAUAUCAGCACAUGUCAAUAUGCUGCUUUAAACAAAAUUAUUGAACUGUAUCAUCUAAAGGCUACCUGGAUAUAGCUAAAUCUGCACAAAAUCUGUUCUAUCUUAUUACGAUCUUGAAUAAAUGCACUGCUUUCAUUUAAUUAUUUUUUUUGUCAACCGUAAUUACUGUGCUUCGUUUCAUAACACUAUAAUUAAGCAUUUCGAAAUAAAUUGCAAUCAUCUGUCGAAUUCAAUAACACAGAUGUAAUUAGUUCACAGAUUAUUUUUGAAAUUUAUUAGACAUACCCUUUCGCUCAAUAUUGAUACAGUUGUGGCUAAAUAGUAAUGACAUUAACUAGGAUUUCAAAGAUGUUCACGUUGCAAAAUGCUUACAUAAAUGACGGUGAGUUAGAUCAAAGCCUGACCGGUAUUUUGAAAUGACCAAUCCUAGCAUUUGAGUGGGAACCGCUCGAUCAUUAUAUUAAGCUACAUUUAUUUAAUCUAUUAAUCUUAAUUGAUAAUCAAAAUGUAAGUGUAUACAAGAAUGAAACAAGAAUGACAUAUUAACCACAUAUUAAUCAGAUUUCUUUUAGUUAUUGUUAGUGUAUGUGCAGGCAAGCGUGAAGAGAAAAACAGUUUAUCACUUUUAUGUACUUUAGAUGAUUGACCUCAUAUUUCAUUACAAAAAAUACUUUAAAGUGUAAAUAAAAAAAGUGGGUAAAUAUGAUAAAACUGACCUUAGGAAAAUAUCGCCCUAAGUUUUUACACUGUUUUUGUUUGAUCUUAAGCAAUACCCGGAUCUUAUCUUAACUCAUUUUGAAACAAUCAUCACCCAAAACCCAUUAUUUUAAAACAUUGAGGUGAUGUUUUAGUACUGCUUACUGCUUACAAUUAUGAUCAGAAAAUACAUUAAUUUGUUGAAAUUAUUAAUACAAAUAAAGCUGUGUCUAAGUG